AUGACCACCGCAAUCAAUUCAGAUGUAUCAACUCAAGAUUGGGUGAAAAAAUUUCAUUUCGAGAAUAAAGUAGAUUUGAACCUACAGGCAGCUGCCGACAAUGAAUCUACUAAAAUUGAAGUAGACGAAAUCCCUGCCAUAAUGAACAACAAUACAACCACAAUGAAUAGCAGCAGUGAUUCAUACUUGCAAUCCAUACUAUCAUCAGCAUCUCCUUCGCAAGCUGCAGCCAACAACUCUUCUACUGCUUGUACAGGCAGUCAAGCAUGUGCUUGUUACAAAUGUCAACGGCAAAGACGACGGGCCGGUGUCAGCAGAACUGCAACACCUGCAACAGUAAAACCUCCUCCUGAUGUGUAUACACCUUUAAAAAAGAUUGAGAGUGCCAGUAAUGCGAAUAACCUUUCAAACCGAUCAACCCAAGCCAAGUCCUCCUCCUCUUCCACUUGUUCAUCCUCCCCUUUAGAAAUGACACCUCCAGCGAUAACAACCACUGUAUCGCCACCAGCACCAUCGCCUGUGGCCUCCGCCAAAGCGCCUACAUCUCCUCCGUCGGCAUCACCAGUAACACCAAAACAACAACAAACACAAAAACCGAAAAGAUCAAGUACACUAAGAAAAACUCCCACAUUAAAGUCAUAUGAGAAGCAUAUGCCAAGACCAGCCUACGCACAACAGGAUAGUAUUUAUCGCAUUGAGCAGGAUGAAUCGGAAAAAAAGGAGGAAACAAAUCAAAAGAGAACAACGGUCAGUACGAAUGAACUGCUGGAAAAAGCAACACAGGACAAUUAUCAGAUAUCUUGGAAGGAUGAAGGCACUGGCGAUGAUCUGUUGACGUCCUUGGUGACAUUUCAAACCAUUUUUGAAGAGAAGGCAGUGAAUGAAAACGAAGGGCUAUCGGAUCUCUUGGAACAGCGCACCAAGGAAUUGAAAUCACAAAAGCUGAUGCAACGCCACACCACCAAAGACGAGGAUGAAGAGCUGCCUCCACGCUUGUCGGAUUGCUUGACACUGAGUCAUCGAAAUGGACCCCGUCAUAAUCCAUUGACGCUCUAUCAUACAAUGAAGAUGAAUGGCGAGAAAGAGAGAAUGCAUGCCUACAACGUUGCUUUUCAACAUUGCAUCAAUGCCAACAGCGGCAUGAGAGCUUGGAUCAAGAGAUCGAGAGUAGCACCUACAAGAGAAAACUCUAAAUUGAUGCAGUCAACCAAUGCUGGAAGAAAGCCAACCAUCAAGCGAUCAUUGCUACAUCCCUUGGCAUCAAGAAAGAACAAGAUGGCUGGUGACGAGCUGCUAAUCUACUCUGCUUCAUCAGAAAACUUGUCUAUUCGCAGCGCAGCCAGCAAAAAAUCCAUUGAGAUGAUUAGUGCGCCCAUGCCAUUGAUCCAGCCUCAGCAAGAUGAUCAAAUUACUGACAUUAUAUCCGCUGCACAUGCUCUUUUGCCAAAUCGACAAUUCUCUACUAAUACCACAGCACAGGAAAAAAAAAUUCCGUACGAGCAUAUUGAUACUCCUAGCCGUCCCUGUCAAGUUACUACAGUGACAACAACACCAACGUGCACGUCUUUACCAGAGUUCAAAGACAACAGCAGCAUUUCAUCUUCGGAAUCGGCAAAUGGUGGAUCUCAAACCUCACACAAGUUGAAAAAGAGCAGACCCGGUCGCCUCUUUUCGUCUUUGGGCAGAAAGACUUCUAUGAGAUCCUAUAGUAGUAACAGCAACAAGGCUUCCUCCAUUCGAUCUCUAGAAAAGAUUGAUAGCGGCAAUGAGUCUACUUUGUCCCAAGAAAAGGUCGUAUUGGAUGAUCUGUGUCGUAUUUUGCCCCACAUUGAAAGAUCCCAGUUAUUGCCAUACGUUCAAGAAGCUAAUUGCGAUUACAUGAAAGCGUUGCAAUUGUGUAAAUCAGCAGUCAUCUCUGGAAAACUCUCUUAG